AUUCCUAUGUAUGUUUGAUCAAGUAAGGUGAAGAAGAAAUCCCCCGCGUCCUGUCCAGUGUAGUUGUUUAGAGCAGCGUGAAAAUCACAUAAAUAUUAUAAAAAUGUUGCCUCUUUCGUUGCUGAAGACGGCCCAGAACCACCCGAUGCUGGUGGAGUUGAAGAACGGAGAGACAUACAACGGUCACCUGGUGAGCUGUGACAACUGGAUGAACAUCAACCUGAGAGAAGUGAUCUGCACCUCCAGGGACGGAGAUAAGUUCUGGAGGAUGCCUGAGUGCUACAUACGCGGCAGCACCAUCAAGUACCUGCGCAUUCCUGACGAGAUCAUCGACAUGGUCAAGGAGGAGGUGGUGUCCAAGGGCCGCGGCCGCGGAGGAAUGCAGCAGAACAAAGGCCAGCCAGGCAAAGGUCGUGGGGGUGGAGCCGGCAGAGGUCUGUUUGGCGGCCGUGGCAGAGGGAUGCCUGGUGGCGCUGGCCGGGGUCAGAUGCAGCCAGACAAGAAGCCUGGCAGGCCCCAGGGGGGCAUGAAAAACCAGCACUAGAGUGCCCUGCUCUCCCAACAGGUCUGUCAGACACCCAUCACCAUCACCACCACCACCAACGGCUGGGAGGCUACAAACCGAGGCCCCGGUAAAGGCACUUCUCUGAACCACAUCACUCUUCCACCAUUAGCGGUUAGCCCUUAGCUGGAAGAGGUUAGCGGCUAACUCCCGCUGACAUGGAAGAUUUGCAAAUAAACAAAAGCACAGUCAUUGUUUCCUUGAGAGAUUUUGGGAACACUUGCUAGACAGCCUUGUUCCACCGUAGGAACCCAUGAAGAUGCCUAGUACAUCAGUUUUAAUACUUGGCUCAUGGAAAAGUCAACAGCUGUUUGGAUUUAAUUGUGUUGUUGGUGUUUGCCAAGUACAUCUUACGUUAUAUGAUCUCUGAAUGACUUUCUGUUCAUGUUUAGUCCAGGUGCUACUGCUGUCAUUCGAUUUAUGUUUGCUUUUUUCAAACCUGGGUAUCCUCCGCAAGAAUCUCCGCCUGAACUUCCAGUGGUUUCUUUGAA